AUGAAUCCACUUCGAAUUUUACUUUUAGGUGCUCCUGGAUCUGGUAAAGGGACUCAGACCUCGAGAUUAUUAAAGAAAUUUACCCAAUUGAAAGCUUUAUCUUCCGGUGAUGUUUUACGUGCACAGAUAAGUCAAGGUACGGCAAUUGGAAAAGAAGCAGAGAAAUAUAUUAAAAAUGGUGGUUUGGUUCCAGAUAGCACUAUGGUGGGGUUAAUCACUGAACAAUUACGACAGAAUAAUUGGUUGAACCAACAAUCAAACUGGUUAUUAGAUGGAUUUCCAAGAACAAUCAACCAAGCUACGGAACUUAGCAAAAUCAUUGGCAAAUCUGCUGAUUUAAAUUUGGUAGUUGAAUUGGAUGUUGAUCAAAAAGUCAUUUUGGACAGAAUCGAAGCAAGAUGGGUCCAUGUACCAAGUGGAAGAAUAUAUAGUUUGGAUUAUAACCCUCCUAAGGUUCCAUUCAAGGAUGAUGUAACCGGGGAACCCUUGACUAAAAGAGCUGAUGAUACUGCUGAAGUGUUUCAAAAAAGAUUAGAUAAAUACAAUGAAGAAAUAGGUCCAUUGAAAGAGUUUUACAAGAAACAAGGUGUGCUAUUCACUGUCAGUGGAAACACUUCUGAUAUUAUUUAUCCUAAAUUAGAGAAUUUGAUUGUAAAUAGAUUUACUUAG